AUGGUCAACAAGAUGGAGGACAGCGCGUCUCACGAUGACGGUGACCGUGCCAGAUCAGAGAGAAAUAAUAGUGACAGCGAGGAUUUGAGCGAUGGAGGCGUCUCGCUUGAGGAAUAUUUCCGGAAUAUUAAGAAAGCCGAAGAGACCUACGAAUCCGCUUUGCUCCAGCUCGGAAAUAACUUGGCCCAGCACGCCAUUGACGCCAACAGCGAGGUCCAGGAUAAUAAUGUGGCUCAAGAAGCUGACAACUCUCAAGAAGGUGACAAUGCCCAAGAAGGUGACAAUGCCCAAGAAGGUGACAAUGCCAAAGAAGAUAUCAAGGAUACAUCCUUCUACCGGUGCCUGGUUUGUGACAGCGGUGUGGUUAAGCGCCCCAAGCCCGCCCCCGAGUCCAAGCCCGAGAAGCCCGAGGAGACCGAGGAGCCCGAGCCCGAGUCCGGGUCUGCAUCCACGCUUGAGAUCAAAAGUGGCGACAUCAUCAAGGGAAAAGUCCCCUAUGUCCUGAAGAACCGCAAGAGAAAGCCUAAUGUCCGCUUCGAGCAAAUCUGCGUCGGUGGCCAUUACCCUGCUCUACUCCCGAGCUUUAAUGCGCGCCGAGGACUUCCUGAGGCUUCAGAUAACGUUGAGAUUAUUCCCAAUCGUGUCUUCAUGGUGGACUUUUACCCCACUUGGUGGAAGUAUGAUGAUCUCAAAAUAUUCAAUGGUGAAUGGACCCUGUUGCCAUGCCCUCUGGCAAACACCAAGUGCGCGCACUGCAACGCAUUUCCUUUCCACGCCGGCUGCAUAGUCACCGCCAUCGACAGUCGACUUGUUCCUGUCAACGAGCUCAACCUCGAACCUAACCCUCCUACCGAGCUUGCGAGACCUUCAUACGAGAUGAAAGUGGUUUUCGGACACAAUAACAAAUAUAACGGAAAGAAAACCUUGGCGAAUGUGGACGACUCAUUCACUAUUGAAACCGCCACAUCGGAGGCCUUCCAACGCGUAUUGCAAUCAGUCUAUGACAUCCUUUGCAACGCCUCGCCAGAGAAGGCUGAGCCCGAUUUCAGCAACCGGCUCUCUCCCGUGCACACUCUUGUUGUGCAGACCAGCUCCCCGUACUUGUUUGAGGGAGUAACUGAGCAUCUUCCAAAGUGGAAGCAAAGAGAUUGGAAGACCAGCAAAGGGAAGAAGAUUGCCAACCAAGAGAAAUGGGCUCUUAUUCAAACGUACCUUGAGGCAUUUGAGGUCGUUAUGUCGGUUCGCAUUUGGCUUGUGACUAAGCCGCAACUCAAGAAGGCCAUGGAGGGCAGACCCUUCGAGGAUCCCAAGCCCUCCAAGUUGCUUGAAAUGAAGCGAACAUUGCUGUGA